CAAGAAAUAACCACUAUCCUGAUUUUUGUGGUUGUUUGGUUAGUUUAACAUUCUGGUCAAAUUUAAAUGUGUCGUAUGUGUUUCAUCUCUGGUAAGCUCCUUGAAGCCAGGGACCUCGUUUUUGUCCUUUUUAACUUUAGUAAUUCAUACUAAAGCUGUAUAUAUAAUAGGUACUUGAUAGUACUUGGCAGAAAAAAGUUCUGAGGUCACUAACAAGAGACUGUCCAUUUUGUAAGUUUAUAAAGAAGUUUGAAAUAUGAAUGUUUUCAGCCACUAUCGUACACCAUCUUCAUUUGCAUGAUAUCAGUGACAUGGUUUUAGAGAUAAUGCCCUAAACCUUAAAUAUUUAAUAUAUAAAAGACCAUCACAGGUAUUAAUUUAGGUUUUUAUAUCAUUAAUACAUAUUUUGCAAAGGAAACAGAUGGAUUUUCUUUUGUUCCCUGUUAUUUCUAAUAAUAAGAGCAAGUCUGGUGGCAGAUUGUAAUAUGCUGAAUAACUUGGAAUAUUGGAUAUUAUCCCAGAUAGUUUUGAAAUACGUUAUAACUUUUUAGAUAAAUGCCAUUUAAGAAUGUAUAUAUUUAAAUUAUAACAGAAAUCAACCAGACUAUUACGAAGUGGUUUCUCAACCCAUUGACUUGAUGAAAAUCCAACAGAAACUAAAAAUGGAAGAGUAUGAUGAUGUUAAUCUGCUGACUGCUGACUUCCAGCUGCUUUUUAACAAUGCAAAGGCCUAUUAUAAGCCAGAUUCUCCUGAGUAUAAAGCUGCUUGCAAACUCUGGGAUUUGUACCUUCGAACAAGAAAUGAGUUUGUUCAGAAAGGAGAAGCAGAUGAUGAAGAUGAUGAAGAAGAUGGGCAAGACAAUCAAGGGGCGGUCACUGAUGGAUCAUCUCCAAGUUACUUGAAGGAGAUCUUAGAGCAGCUUCUUGAAGCCAUAGUUGUAGCCACAAAUCCAUCUGGACAUCUAAUUAGUGAACUUUUUCAGAAGCUGCCUUCUAAAGUGCAAUAUCCAGACUAUUAUGCAAUAAUUAAGGAACCUAUAGAUCUCAAGACCAUUGCCCAGAGGAUACAGGUAUGAAGGUGACCAUAUAUGGUUUAGGGCAGAUUGGCCUAUGGUCUUUUUUAAGGGCUUUUAGAAAACAGAGAAGCAGAUGUCUCUAUAAGGGGUUACUGGCGAUAUAAUGUACACAAAUUAGGGUAGUGUUACCUGAUUGUAGCAUUGGAGGAGGCAGUUUAGUGUCCCUUUUCCGUUUUUUCUGUAGGGAACAAAACAAAAUUCUCUCUGGCGUAGUAAAUCUUGCUCUUAGGACAGAAAUUAAAAAGCAUUGGCCAUGGACAUUUCUAAUUGUGAAAGCUGCAUUUGGUAAUUUCUUGUUUAUUUUUAAUGCUUUCAAAAUAGUUUUAGGGCAUCUUAAACUAAGGCUAUGGCUGCUAACCAAAAGGUCGGCAGUUCGAAUCUACCAGCCGCUUCUUGGAAACCCUAUGGGGCAAUUCUCCUCUGUCCUGUAAGGUCCCUAUGAGUUGGAAUUGAUGGCAGUGGGUUACAACGGAUCGUUAGAGUAUAAGCUCAGUGAGAAUAGGGACUUGUUCUCUGUUUCCCCCUCUGUAUCCCUGUGGUGAUAGCAGCAACUGACACUCACAGAGGCUUGCUGUGUGCCUGGCGCUGUUCUGAGAACUCUCUGUGUGUUAGCUAAUUGAUUCUCACAACUCCAUGAGGUAAAUACACUCACAGAGGCUU